AUGCACUUUUCUCUCUCUACCAUUCUGGCGCUGAGCGCCCUCCACACUUUUGGUGUCUACGCUCAGGACUGUAUUAACACCUGCGUUGAGAACGUCAAGCCCACUGUUGGCUGCGCGGAUCCUUCUGACGCCAGCUGUGUUUGCGUAUCCAACGACUUUGUCAAAGGCGUUGCCGAAUGCGCAAGAGCACCUGCAUGCGCGGCUGCAGAUGAUGCUAUCACAAAUGCCAUAAGCAAUGGAUUCUGUGUCGGUCAGCAGGUGCCUGCUUUCCCAGGCGCUACUACGACCCCUGUUGAGAGUGCAGCGACAUCCGAAGCAGUAGCAGCAACAACAUCCGACGCCCCUGCUGCGCCUGAAACCACUGCCGCUGAGACGACUCCUGCAGCACUCCCGGAAUCCUCGGAGCCAUCCGUGACUUCGGAGGCUGCGGCUACUUCAGAAGCUCCUGAGACUACUCCCACUGACCCAGCUGAAUCAACCGUAUCUAGCGCUACUGAGGAAGUUUCCGCUUCUUCCACUGAUACCAGCAAUCUAUCCACAACCACUGAAGCAGUUGAUGCUGCCGCCACAUCUGAUUCGGCAAAAGAUGAAGACGAGGACGAAUCCGCUGGAGGCGGAAUGUCUGGUGGUGCCAAGGCUGGUGUCGGUAUUGGUGUCACUGUCGGUAUUCUCGCUCUCCUUGGUAUCGCUGGUUUCUUCUUUUGGAAGAAACGUCAAAACCAACAGAACCUUCCCCGCGGUAACAUGGACGAUAUGUCGCCUCCCAUGGCUGCUCGGGACCGCAGCUAUCCUGCACCUGAUCAGGGUUCCAUCGGCGAGAAGAACGGGUAUGAUCUUGAACUUAUGUCCCAUCGAUAUGAGGAUAUGCUUCCCCGGGAGGAACCACGACAUAUGGUUUAAGGUCAUCUGAGAGAAAUCCUGGCAUUUUAAAAUAGGGGCACAAGCAGAACCAAUACAGUGCAAACACCAUUUUCAUUCGCGUCAUUGUUUGCUAAGCAAAGCCUUGUUAUGAUUGAGGACUAGUUGUCCAGCUCACGAGCACUGGUCAUCGGGCCCGGCGGCCCUCACAACGACAGGGUUGUGACAGAUUCUGCGAGUUAUGAGUGGAAAUGAAAAUUAUAUCGAACCAGGCUUUGAUCUGGAUGGCGUUACGAGAUUACUCGACGGACAAGAUACCAAAAAAUGAUACUUCAAGGGGAAGCCAUAAUAGUU